AUGAACACCUGGGGCCUUCAACGAGAACCUCCAUUCGAAGCGGACAAAGCGACAUAUAUUUCCCUGUCUAGUGAAGAUGAAUCAGAUGGUGGCAUAUCCCUUUCGCCAGAUAACCAAUUUCCCGGACAGGACGACACUUGGGAUCCUGACUUUGACGGAGAAAUCCCAAAAGAAGAUUCCUUUGCGCCAAUUGUGUCCCUAGACCCUGUUGAUUCGCAAAUUCCCACAACUCUACAGGAAACUGAUUUGAUUCCAUCGGUAGAACCAGCAGACGACGAGACUGAUCCGUUGCUACUACAAAUCCUUGACACGUUUCCAGGUAUCAGUCACAAAUAUGUUACUGAUUUGAUAGCUCGACAUAGAGAUUUUCUGGCGCUUGACUCAGGUGUCAGUGCAAGUGGUAUCGACUUAGCGUUCUACAGAGAUGCUGUCUAUGAGGAAAUUCUGGCGCAGCAGUCAUACCCUAAUCAAGACAAUGAGAACGGGAAAAGAAAAAGGGAAGAAUCACAUUCGAGUGAAAAGGACUGGGAAUCAGACAAAACACAUCAGACAAACUCACAUACAUAUUCGGAGGCAGCGGCCGCUGUUCUAGCAAACGAGUUUCCGUAUAUCCCGAUGCAUUACAUCAAGAAAAUCAUCCGAGAGAGAAAAAGAUUAUACCAUGCUUACCUGACCCUUCGCUUGGACGAAACUCUAGUUGAAAAACGGAUGGACCCAUACGUGAGGUUGAAAAAUCGGAGGGGUGCUGGGCUAUCAAAGAGAUUGGAACCGCUCCCUGAAAUUAUUACACGCGAGUUCAGCGCGGCAAAAGAGCAAGCACGAAAGCUGGAGAGUGAUAUACAGAAGAAGAAGGAGGAAGAGGAAGCAGAGAAGGCCAACGAAGAGGAACACACUCGGACUGGCAAUCUUAUCGAAUGCCAAUGUUGCUAUAGUGAUGUUCCAGCAAAUCGGUGCCUGCCCUGUGAAGGAACCGAGAUUCAUUUUUUCUGCUUCACUUGUAUUCGCAAAUCCGCCGAUACCCAGAUCGGGCUUAUGAAAUACACCCUGCUAUGCUUCGACGUCAGUGGAUGCCAGGCUCCAUUUGCCCGAACUGAUCUCAAGGAGGUCUUGGGCUCAUUGACUAUGGACAAGCUAGACUCUAUCGAGCAAGAAGACGAGAUCCGGAAGGCGGGUUUAGAGGGCCUGGAGGACUGCCCCUUCUGCUCUUUCAAGGCAGUCCUGCCUCCUGUGGAAGAGGACAGAGAAUUUCGCUGUGAGAACUUUUCAUGUUUGGUAAUUAGCUGUCGACUUUGCAAAGAGAAAAGUCAUAUUCCUAUGACUUGCGAAGAAGCUCGAAAGGAUAAAGGGCUCUCUGAGCGGCACCAGGUUGAAGAAGCCAUGAGUAAAGCUCUCAUUCGAAAAUGUCCCAAGUGCCAAGUCCAAAUUGUCAAGGAGUUCGGGUGCAACAAGAUGACUUGUACCAAAUGUCGUACUCUGAUGUGCUACAUAUGCCGGAAGGAUAUCACAAAAGAUUCAUACCGCCAUUUUAAACCCGGUGGCUGUCCCCAGGAUGACAUGAACACGCAGGACAGGGAGAUUCAGAGAGCUGAACGAACGGCGAUAGAUAAGAUCCUUGCCGAGAACCCAGGAAUAACCGAGGAGCAAAUCCGAGUGGGACAUGUCAAAUCCCAAAGAUCUCAACGACUUCAUACUGCCGGAGCUCCCAUAUACCCGGCCGAGUUUGUCCCGCACCAACCAUGGGUGCCGGGUCUUUUCGGCAUCUACCAUGGACAAAUGGCUCAGAAUGCGGCUUAUAACGCAGCCCAGAACGCAGUCCAUAAUGUGCCCCAACUUGAGCAAUAUGGUCAACCUGAGCAAGAGGGAGCGGUCGACAGAAGAGCUGCGCGCGCUUUUGCCAUUAACCAGGAAGGUGGUCAAGUUGGCAACCCAGCACCACAGCACACCAGAGGAACCCAGUAUGAACCUUUUCAGGACCUGUACCGGGACCUCUAUUUACAACCUAAUGCCGCCGUUUAUGCCGCAGUUCUUGCACAUGGCCACACAAACCCUCCCUUGGCCGAUGGCAGAAACCCGCAACACGCUGACCUAUUUCAACUUGAGCCCCAACAGAGACAGUCUGAUAAUCGAGAGCCCCUUCCUCACCGUCAUAUGCAUGAUUUCUUUUAA